AAGACGCUGAUGAUGAAGGUGUGUGUGCUCGCUGGCUUCGCUCAAAAAGUCUCUCAUCUGUCAUUCUGUCCUCCAUGGCCGACCUGCAGGGGGCGCUAGCACACACUGGCUCCUCCCCCCCGGGCUCCUCCCCUCCAGACGUGACGUCACUGGCUCGUUCCGCUUUGUCCCGCCUCCUAGAUCACCUUCUCGACCAAUCAGACGCAGCGUCCAGUCUGUCUCCCAGCAGAGCGGACGAGGACACGCUGAGUGGCCGGCUGAGACGCGGCCUGAGCCGACUGACGCCUCCAAAGCCCAACACAAAGGCCCUGGUGUCGACCCUGCAGCAGCACUUCCUGCUCUUCAGCCAACGGCUGCACUCAGUCGAGGUGGAGAGGCGGAGCCUGAGGCUGGAGGUGGCCAAUCUGAAGAGAGGACUGAAGAACGAGAGAGGGGAGACCUGCAGGAUG